AUGGCAGCCAGCGCUGCAGACGUCCGUAGUAUACUUUCUAUACCAGCGCACUCUACAACACAGCCUGCACCGCCAAGGAAACCUUCGACAUCCCAAGCAAAGAAGCCAGAGGGAAUUUCGAGGGAAUUAUACUCGCUCAUUGGACCGUCUGCUCCGUCUCUAGCCGCUCAACUGCAGAAACCGCGGCUCAAACAAAAGCCAAGGCUUGGAUCCUCCGCCGUGAGAUGGGAGUGGAGGAAAUUCAAAAAUGGUGCUCGAGGAGACUCAUUGGAACUGAGACAUUGGGUGAAAGUUACAGCAGAUUCAGAUGCGGAGUAUCCCUUUGGGAAGUAUAACGUCCAUCCGGCUCACUUCACUUACUCUCAAGAUGAGUAUUUUAAGCACUUGGAAGAUCCUGAAUGGACGAAGGACGAAACCGAUUACCUCUUCAACAUGGUUCGUGAAUAUGACCAGAGAUGGUAUGUCAUAUCCGACCGUUACGAUUAUCCCGGCGGACCUCCUCGUGUGAUGGAGGAUUUGAAGGAGAGAUUUUGCAAUGUAUGCAGACGUCUCGUACGGGAUCGGCCUUGGGCUGGUGAUGAAGCAUCAAGAGCUCAACUCAUAUCAAAUUUCAUGUUUGACAAGGAGAGGGAGCUGAUCCGUAAACGCUACUUGGCUAAUCUUGACAGUCGAACCGCCCGCGAAGCCGAAGAGGAGGAAGCUUUGUAUCUCGAAAUCAAACGCAUCGAGCAGAACGAAAGAAAGUUCAAACGGGAUAGAGAGGAACUACUUCGCACGCUGGCUGGUAUUGACUCAGGCCUACCUGACAUUGUGGAAGAUGAACUACCUACGAUACUGUUCGACAGCAAAAAGAAAAAGAAAGGAGGGCUUGACGCAGACAGCCCAUCCACACCUGUUUCUGCGGCACCCCCAAAACAACGACCGCAGCCUAGCCCAAGGAAUCCUGCGUAUGACGCAAUGCAUUGCAUCACCCACAUCGAUCUACCCGUUACCACGCCUGCGACAAAAGCCGCUCAUCAACCUUCCUUCCUUCGAACCUAUAAGCUUCCUGUUCCUAAAGCUGCUGUGGUUCCCAAGAUUUCACAGACAUUGGCAGAAAUCGGCAUCUCAUACAACCGCUUAGUCAUGCCAACGGAAGGAAAUGUUGCACGCCUGAACGCACUCGUUGAUGCCACGCUCCCUUUGGUAGAGACAAAGAGGGUGCUGGAUAAAGUGGAAUAUGACAUCAAGGUUUUGAAGGAGAGGCUGAACGUAAGGAACAGUGCACCUGUCGACGAAGACGCAGACGGUGAUGGUGCUACCGACGCAGCAGAUGGCGAGGCUAUCGAAGGUAUGGAAGACGGCCGUGCCCAAAGCGUAGUCAGUACUCGGAGUGCGCGCAGUCGGAAACAGCGGCGCUCAAUGUCAAUAUCCUCAGUCGAUACUACUGGUGCUGGAACAUCUCGACCACCUCCGAAGCGACAGAGACGAAACUGA